AGAUGACGUAGGAAAAUGUUUUAGUGGUUUCCUCGACCUUGUUAUUCUUGCCACCUGUUUUCCUGGUUAGAUUAUGUCAAUGAGACCUAUGGGUACAGUUUUUAGAGCGUAUUGACUAAAAGAACAUGGUAUACUCGAAGAGGUCUCCUAUGGUUUAUGUAGGAGGGCUUUUCCUUGGCAUGGCUUUGUUGCUGUUUGUGGUUUUGAUAGUUGUUGCUUGUACCGGCUCAGGUGAGUAGGCUUUCUCGGUAAUAAGUGUGGCAUUAUGAUUGAAGUGUGUGGUAUUAGUGUCUCGGGCAGUGUUAACAACACAAACACAAUCUGAAUUGUACACCUAAUGAACGAAUUAUCAUUCAGAUUUUUCAUGUCAGUUUUUUUUACUUUGAGAUAUUGACUGAGGGGGAAAAAAAUGUUCCUAUGUAUUUUCAAUCUGUAUUAUGUUCAGUAUGAUAAGCAUGUAAGGUAAGUAUGUAUUAAACGUCCAAAGUAAUGGUUCAUUGUUGUGUGUGGUGCCUAGAUGAUGUCCUGCGCUUUGCCUCAUAUUAUGGAGACCACAUGGUGCUGCAGAGAUCUCCCGAGAGAGCAGUGUUGUGGGGCUAUGGACCUGAAGGAGCUCAGGUUACACUCUACUUGUCAGGACCAAGAAAUCAGAAAGCCUCAGCUGUAAAUGUGUCAGCAGGUCAGUUCCGCAUGUUUGUUGCUUGAUUACAACAUUUGGUGUGUGCCUUUGUUACAUAACAAUAACAGGUUCUGUGUGGCCCUGAAAAAGUAACCAGGUAACUUUGUUGCCAGUUGUAUUUUUCGAAACUACAAAACAUCCUUUUUUUAAUGCUAAUAAGGCUAAUAAUGAAAAUUCAGAAUUUAUGAAUCAGAUGUUGGAAGGUAGAUAUGCUUAAUUAAUCCCACCUAAUUUUUUAAAUUUAAUUUCUGUGGAUUAGCAUCACAAAACCUUGAAGUCUGUGUAAAACCACAAAUAGGGGAGACCGGGGCUUGUUGUCACACGGGUAAGUUGUCAUAAUGCAAUUAUCUUUGCCACCAGAGGGCACAACUGAAAAGUGGUAUUGUCCUGUCUGAGAAGAGAAGAGUACAUUGUGAGCUGAGAUGAGCGCCAAUUAACCAUUUUGCACAACCCAAAGUAAAAAAAAUUAACCUUAUAUAUUUUAAUAUUUUUUUCUUCCAGACAAAAAUCCUAGAAGUGAAACAUGUGGACUUAUUAGAGGAAAGAUUAAAGCAUUGUGAAGUCAUACCUCAGUCAUUGUUCUGUUUAAGGUAACUUUAAGCCAGAGCUGGAAUUAGCAAACAUGGUAGUUUGGGGCAACAUGUGUCAUUUUGGGGUAAAUUGUCACAUGUUUAAAAGGGAUUAGAAUUAACAUAGAGAGUCUGCUUAUCAGCAGUUCUCAUAUUGAAAUUUUGACCUUAUUUUUACAGAAAAAAGAGUGGUUUUAAGGAGAGGAGAAAGUAAGAAGACAUGGUCAGGAAUUACAAAAGAAAAACAGAACAUGGCAGUGCAGUUCCUGAUGUGAUGCUGAGGGCAGGACUUUUCUAGGUCAACAUUAAACAUUUUCCGUGCCUGACUUUGAUGUUCACUUUCAAGGAAAAAAAAUGAGAGCAACAAUAAUUUUGUCCUUGUUUUAUUAGCUGCAAAAUCCACUGUGACACCUUACACCAUGUAGUGAGACAACUUACCCGAUGGUGGGGCAACACGUCACAUGUUCACACUCUCUAUUUGAUUGCUUAUAAAUCUGCACUGACACAAGAUAUGAAAACGACAUGAAUAUGAAAUAUAUACCUGAGACCUUGGUCUUUCAUCUGGUACACAUGUUGUUUACACAUGAUGUAUUGAUUCCAAGAAAUAUAUAAGACUGUAAAAAGUGUCUCCCCUACUUAUUUGAAUGAAUGUUCUUACAGGUGUAUGGAAAGUCACCCUUGACCCUGUUGAAGCUGGUGGUCCAUACAAUGUGACAGUGACCACGAAGAACAGUAAAGCAGUUCUUAUGGAUGUGCUAUUUGGAGAUGUGUGGCUGUGUGGAGGGCAGAGCAACAUGUGCUUUAACAUAUCCCAGGUGGGCAGAGCUGGGUGAAAACCAGUCAUUUGUAUGAGAUUAUUCACUUACAUUAGUCCUUUAAGACAGGAACUUUAAAGAGGGUGUAUUAUGCAUUUUUUUUCAGACUGUAUACUUCCUCUCCUCUGUUACCUUUUUAAAUAGCUUUACAUGAUUUUUCAGAUUUUAAAAAGCAUUGUUUCUUAAUUCAAUGUAUUAAAAAUAUAAUUUCAGCCUCUGUCUCAAUAAUAUAACCCCUUUAAAUCAUUUCAAUGUACUUGUUGAUGCAACACGUGUAGUUUUACCGAGCAUAAUCAGUGUCAUUAAAAUUACCAAGUGGGUUUCCAGCAGCUCUCCUCACCUUGAGAGCAUCAUAUGUAUCCAGGCAGAGUUUUCAGUGGUUCAGGUUCCAUCUAGACAGGUAGUCUUUGCUGCAGGUUGUCUAUUUUUUGUAUCAUUCAUUUCUCUCAGCCACCAACAAAACAAAAAAAUUCUAAAAAGAAUUUAAAAAUAUAUAUAUAUCUCAGACAAUGAGCAAACUUUUUACUUCUUAAAGACUGCACAUUUUUAGGGAAGCCCACUGGAGGUAUAACAAAAAAGAAACAAAAAAACACUGUUGAUAUAUUGAUUUAUCUAUUUUCCAGCAUUGAAUCCUUUCUCUUCAUUUAUUUAUUAUUGAACAGGUUUUCAACGCUUCAGAGGAGCUGGCCCUUGCAGAGGACUAUCCUCAUGUGAGGAUUUUUACAGCAGCUUUGGAACAAAGUAAAACAGAGCUUGCUGAUUUGAUUGCAGUAGGUCUGCCGUGGUCUGUGCCGACAGAAAGUAUGUCCCAAAUUCAUUCAUUCAUUCAAUGUUUCUCUAUUUAUUUAUUCAUUCAUUCAUUUCUUUAUUUUUCUGUUUAAGAACACAGUUGUAGUUUCAGGUAUCAAAUUACAACUGAGUAAGUUACAAAUACUGUAGGAACAUUUUUGCUCUGGUCUGUUACCGUUACAACACAGGACAGUACGAAAAUGUUUAAAGAGAAAUGUCAACCAUGAUAUAAUAACAUAUUUGUGUAUGAGCUUGGACCUCCUUGCAUUUUCAGGAUCUGUGGCUGGGUUCUCUGCAGUGUGCUGGCUCUUUGGGAGGUACAUGUAUAAGCACCUGCAGUACCCCAUCGGACUGGUAGAGUCCUGCUGGGGAGGAACACCGGUCGAAGCCUGGUCAUCUUCCAGGGCAUUGCAGGAGUGUGGACUGGACAUAGAUGAUGAUGGGUAAGAUAUGGGGAAAACACACUGCUGACCUAAAGUGUGCUUAACAUGGUAAAAUGUUAGAGGUCUAAUUUUAACACGUGAAGUAGAGUUCUUAAAGUUCUUGGUUAUUUAGUUAAACUUAUAAUAAUUGCAUUCUUCCUACUUGUUUAUUUCUCAUCAGUCCUGUAGCCAAUUCUAUCUUGUGGAAUGCAAUGAUUCAUCCACUUCUCAACAUGACUGUUAAAGGAGCCCUCUGGUACCAAGGUGAGACUAAAUACCCAGCUAUCAAAUUGACAGAUUCACAUGUAUAUGCACUUACAAAGCCUUUCUUUACCCCCAGGUGAGAAAAAUACAAACUAUCAUCAAGAACAGUACAACUGCUCUUUCCCUGCUAUGAUCGAUGACUGGAGGAUGGCAUUUCAUAACGGCUCAGGGGGGGAGACAGCUCCUGACUUCCCCUUUGGAUUUGUCCAGGUAUGUUAGAACUUGUAUUUGUACCUUGGUUGGCAUAAUAAAGUCAAGUAAAGAUAACAACACAAACAUUUCAAUAAUUGCUAGCUUGUGAGUUAAAAACCAACUGGCUUACAGUUUUUCCUCAAUUGCUAAAACACAUUUCUUGAAACCUUCAACACAAAUCCAAAAAUUCUAACUACAUUCACAAAACCUCAGACUCUUCUAUCACAAUAAAGCUAUCACUUAACAGUUAUCCUGUGUUGAAAACCAAACAAUGUUGUCAGAUCAUAGCCCAAGUCAAUCGGAUUUAAAAACAUUACUGAGUAGUCAUUACACCCUAGAUGUCAGGCCCAUCGAAAAAGUCUACUCCUUCACCUUCCUUGGCAGCAUUGCUGACAAGCAAGGUGGCACAGAUAGGGAUGUCACUGCCAGGGUAGGUAAAGCUAAAGCGGCGUUUAUUAUCCUGAAGGACAUCUGGGCCUCAAGGGGAAAUAGCAGCAUCAACGAAGGUUUGCAUCUUCAACUCCAACAUUAAAAGUGUACUACUGUAUGGUUCGGAGACGUGGGGAAUGACGAAAAAGGUGUUGCAGAAGAACCAGACAUUUAUAAAUAGCUGUCUGAGGCGCAUAUUUUAAAUUAAGUGGCUGGACAAAAUCAGCAAUAAGGAGCUGUGGCAGAAAGGGAGACAGGAGCCAGUAGAGAGCCAGAUCCAGAGGCGGAAGUGAGGCUGGAUUGGCCACACUUUGCGUAAAUCAUCAGCUACCCUGACUUGCAAUCCUCAGGGGAGGAGGAAGAGGGGAAGGCCCAAGAACAGCAUCCAUGAUGGAUGGAGAAGAGAAGGCCUUUGCUCCACAGAGAGCUAUGGGCCUAAGUAAGAAAGGAAGCAUUACACGCCACUCAAAAAAUAAAUAAAUAAAACAUCACUGUAAUACCGUUACAGUUUAGACCGUAAAAUCAAACUAGAGUGCUUUCAGUAGCCACAGUCAUACAGCCACAGCAUAAUGUCUUUGUCCUGGGUCAGGCCACAGGACUUCAUCCACAUCACAGGCCUCAUUCUCCCUGACCGGGUAAUGGAAAAAAAAAACCCUCUUAACUUGCUUCAAAGUGUCCUCAUAUCAUUAACCACAAGUGUGAUCAAUGUGGAUUUGUGUGUAAAAAAUAUCAGCUGUGAUGGAGUUGUGUUCACAUGUUACUGCCAGUGUUAAUAAUUUUGCAACACAAGUGUAUCGCAGAGUAAAAUGUGUUUCAGUGACUGAGAAUAUGUUCAAGGAUUCGUGAAAAAGAGCAGAUGAGUUCUGCAGAUUGAGUUUAAGUACCUGAACAGUGAGUAAGGUUUGGCCUAAAGAGUGUUUGAUUUGAAAAAUUACUUUAGGCCACUAAGAAUUUGGUUUAGAGAAUAGAGUUUAGUGUUUUAGCAAUUGUGAAAAACUUUCAAGUGCCAUUUCAGUUGCAUGUUGGCAGGUAUUGGCUAAUUUGCCACCACCUUGCCUCUGCUUGAUAAAAUAUAGAAAUAGUUUCACGCAUUAAAAUUGCUGUAUAGAAGUAUCACCCAGUUUGUGUUUGCAGCUCUCCACGUGUGUAAAAGGCUCCAAAGAUGAUAGCUACCCAAACAUCCGUUGGCAUCAAACGGCAGACAUCGGCGAAGUCCCGAACGCUCGGAUGCAGAGGACCUUCAUGGCGGUGGCUCUGGACUUACCGGAUGAAACCUCACCUUACGGCCCGUAAGAAAUGUGUUUGCAUGUUGCCAGAGCAGGUUUUACCUUCAAAAUACUUUUGGGCUUUUAACUUGUUUUAUUGUUUCAGGAUCCAUCCCCGAGAUAAGCAAGAUGUAGCCUACAGAUUGACAUUAGGAGCAAGGGCAGUGGCUUAUCAUGAGAAGGAUGUGUCUUUUCUUGGACCUUUCCCACGGCUAGUUAUGUCUGAAGGAUAUUUUGUCAACAUUACCUAUGACCAGGCAGUCUCUGUCACUCCAUCUAUCGACAUCUUUGAGGUAAGACUGGCUGACCUUGUCAGGUCCUAAAUGACCUUCGGGUGUAAGUAUUUGACAUGUUCUCUGAUAGUAUUUCAAAUAAUCUAAUCUUUUACUAAAUAAAAAUUCAGCUUUUGACUUGGUCGUAUUCCUUUUUGCCUGUUUUCAUUUACAAAGAUCUGUUGCUCUGCGGGUCCAGUUCCAUGUGGGCCUCAGUCUCAAUGGGUUCCAGCUCCUAUCAUAGACCGGGGUCUGAACACUGUCCAGUUAACUGCCUACAUGUGUCAACACCCAGGUGUGGUUACUGCUGUCCGGUAUGCUUGGAGAGACUGGCCGUGUGACUUUAAAGCCUGCCCAGUUUACAGUGCCGAUGAGAUUUUACCUGCACCUCCUUUUUUGGCCAACCUCCAUUCAGGCCAGGGGAAGUUUUAACAACAGUUGCAUACUUCAACAUUUUUCUCCUGGCAAAGACACAAGAGUGCCUGCUAACUUGAUAACCAUGCACUUCAGUGUUUUGAAUGUAGCUAGUUUCAAGCAUGGGAUAUUUUGUUGCCAUACUAAGAGCUGUGAUGUACCUUUUUUUUGUUAAGCUGGUAGAUCAGUCAGAAUGGCUGUGAUCAUUGUGGCUGGAUAUCGAUAGUGUUUUAUCUUCCUAUCUACCAGUAUUAAUGAGAGUGGUAAGAGACUUCAUACAAUAAUUUUGACUUCUGGUGCUAUGUGAUGUCUUAGGUUGGUAGUUUGUUCUGGUAGUUAUGGUGGUAUUAAAAGCCAGGGGUGGCAGUCUUGGUUGAAGAUUCGUAAGCUGUAUGUAAAUGUAUUCAACAUGACAAUUCUGUUACAGCUAUUGACACUUAUUUCUGCACUAACUGAAUGUACAAAAAUCUGAGAAAUGGGAUAUUGCAUGUUUACGAAACAAAUAACUCUUUGUUUAUUUUGCACUAAUAAAUUACAAUUUUACGAUGAA